UCUGAGAAUAUGUCUGUUUGCAGUUGGAGAGGAAGGAGAGGCCACAGGAAAGUCACAGAUGGCUCUAUCACGCAUCCUGCCCACACUCCAUCAAGUAGCAUGUUACGUACAACGUGUACAGAAGGUGGCACAUAAUGUAUUACACCAGAUGACCUCGCUAUAUUCCCCUGAGAAGAAAGUUAAUGGCUUUAUUGAUGUGUCUGAGGUUCACUUCCAGGUUAUAUAUGAGCAUCUGGGUUUACUUCUGGCCACACUUAUUACAUUGGACGAAGUUAUAAUUAACAAUUCAGUGUUACAUGAGCACUGGGGAGCUUACCGGCGCUUGGUGCGCUCGGCCGGCUCAGACCAGAACAAGUUUGGCCAGGAUAAAGCUGUGUUACAACCACUCGAGAAGAUGCUGACUGAUGUUGAGAAUCUUGUCAUGCAGGGAACGAUGUUUUCGUCUGUGACGCGACAAAGUUAUGAGUGCGAUGGAUUGACAGUGAGCAGGAACGGUGCGUUACGAGAGGAAAUGAUGAAUGUUAUAUUAGGCUGGUGCAGCCAGGUGAGGAUAAGCUUAUAA